AUGGGCGAGCGUUGUGGUGCGGUGCUGCGGGUGCUGGUGCUGCAGGCGGCCUGGGCGCUGGCGGGCGGGCAGGUGCGGUACUCGGUGCCGGAGGAAGCCAAGGCCGGCACGGUGGUGGGCCGUCUGGCGCAGGACCUGGGGCUGGAGGCGGGCGAGGCGGAGGCGCGGCGGCUGCGGCUGGUGGCGCAGGGCCGGCGGGCGAGCGUGGAGGUGAGCGGGGCGAGCGGCGCGCUGCUCGUGAGCUCGCGGCUCGACCGGGAGGAGCUGUGCGGCAAGAGCGCGCCGUGCGCGCUGCGCCUGGAGGUGCUGCUGGAGCGGCCGCUGCGCGUCUUCCAUGUGCAGCUGGAGGUCACCGACAUCAACGACAAUGCCCCCGCCUUCCCCGCCGCCCGAAAAAACCUCAGCAUCGCGGAAUCUUCUGUGCCGGGGUCUCGUUUCCCGCUGGAGGGCGCGUCGGAUGCGGAUGUCGGAGAGAAUGCACAGCUCUCCUACACACUCAGCCCCAACGAGCAUUUUUCUUUGGAUUUGCAAAAGUCUAAUGAGCGAAAUAUUGAACCCGAACUCCUUUUAAUGAAAUCUCUGGACCGGGAGACGAUUCCCGUGCACCGGUUGGUGUUGACGGCGAGUGACGGGGGCCGGCCGUCUCUGACAGGGACAAUGGAGCUGCUGAUCUCGGUCGUGGACGCAAAUGACAACGCGCCGCAGUUCAACCAGUCCGUGUAUAAAGUGAAGGUGCCAGAGAGCGCUGCCGUGGGGACGCUGGUGACGCGGGUCAACGCUACUGAUGCAGACGAAGGAAGUAACAGCGUGGUGACCUAUGCCGUGACGAAUUUCAGUCCGCCAAGUGCAGGAGAUGUGAUUUCCAUCAAUUCGAAGACAGGAGAAAUACAUCUCUCCGGCGCUCUAGACUUCGAGGAGGUCAAUGUGUUUGAUUUCCGUAUUGAAGCGAGAGACCGAGGGAUUCCACCGCUGUCAGGUCACUGCAAGGUGGUGCUGGAGGUGCUGGACGUGAACGACAACGCGCCGGAGGUGUGGGUGACGUCGCUGUCGGUGCCGGUGUCGGAGGACGCGUCGGUGGGGACGGUGGUGGCCCUGCUGAGCGUGUCGGACCGAGACUCGGGGGCGAACGGGCGCGUGCGGUGCUGGGUGUGGCCGGCGUCGCCGUUCGGUCUGGAGGCGACGUUCGCGGGCUCGUACUCGCUGGUGCUGCGCGAGGCGCUGGACCGGGAGCGGGUGUCGGAGUACGAGGUGGAGGUGCGUGCGGAGGACGGCGGGGCGCCGGCGCUGCGCGCCAGCCGCGGGCUGCGGGUGCCGGUGUCGGACGUGAACGACAACGCGCCCGCGUUCUCGCAGGCCGUGUACACGGUGCUGGCGCGGGAGAACAACGCGGCGGGCGCGGAGCUGGCGCGGCUGUGGGCGCGGGACCCGGACGAGGCGGGCAACGGGCGCGUGAGCUACUCGGUGUGGGAGGGCGGCGUGGGCGGCGGGGCCGCGGCUCCGUCGUGGUCGUCGGGGGCCGUGGGCGGCGGGUGGCGUGCGGCGUCGAGCUACGUGUCGGUGGACGCGGAGAGCGGGCGGCUGUGGGCGCUGCAGCCCUUGGACUACGAGGAGCUGCAGGUGCUGCAGUUCGAGGUGCGCGCGGUGGACGCGGGGGAGCCGCCGCUGUGCGGCAACGCCACGGUGCAGCUCUUCGUGCUGGACGAGAACGACAACGCGCCGGCGCUGCUGCUGCCGCCCGCGGGCUCGGCGGCGGAGGCGGGCGCCGUGGCGGCCGAGGCGUCCUCGGGGCCGGGCUCGGGCUCGGGCUCGGGCUCGGGCUCGGGCACGCUGUGGGCGUGGGCGGCGUGGGGGGCGCCGGCGGGCCAGGUGGUGGCGAAGAUCCGCGCCGUGGACGCCGACUCGGGCUACAACGCGUGGCUGCGCUACGAGCUGUGGGAGCCGCGGGGCAAGGGCCCGUUCCGCGUGGGGCUCUACAGCGGCGAGGUGAGCACGGCGCGGCCGCUGGACGAGGCGGACGGCCCUCGCCAGAGGCUGCUGAUCGUCGUGCGCGACCACGGCGAGCCGGCGCGCUCGGCCACGGCCACGCUCAGCGUGUCGCUGCUCGAGGCGGCCGAGGCGGCGCUGGCCGCGGGCCCGGGAUCGUCGCUCUCCUCCUCCUCGUCCUCGUCGUCCUGGUCGGCGUCGGGGUCGCGGUCGGCGUCGGGCGUGGAGCUCGGCGCCGGCGCGGCCAGCGCGGCGACCAACGUGUGGCUGGUGGUGGCGAUCUGCGCCGUGUCCAGCCUGUUCCUGCUGGCCCUGGUGCUGUACGGGGCGUCGCGCUGGGCGCCGCGGGCGGCCGUGCUCUCGGGGCCCGGGCCCACGACGCUGGUGUGCGCCAGCGAAGUGGGCAGCUGGUCGUACUCGCAGCGCCACAGCCGCAGCCUGUGCGUGGCGGACGGCGCGGCCAAGAGCGACCUCAUGGUUUUCAGCCCCAAUUUCCCUCCGCCGCCGCCCGGCGCCGCGGCCAAGGACACGCAGCCGGAGCCCUCCGCUCUCCUCGACACGGUCAGUGCUGCUUCCUUCGUUCCCUUCUCUGCUCCUCCUCAUCCACCCUCUGGGUUCUUGCCGUUUGCAGGCGGGCUCCGUUCCCAUUGCUUAGGGACGCUGGGUACUCAGUGGGUGCUUAGGGAUAACAAUGGCGCCUUUCCAUCUGCCGCGUGUGGGAAAUUAAUGUAUUAUGGUCUCUCGGAUUAG